AUGGCGCCAACAGAAUCCAAAAAGCGCUUGGCGCUCGCCAUCAUCGAUUUCUUGGGAUCCAGUUUGAAAGACGGUACCCUGACAGCGGACGAUGCCGAUUCCAUUGAAAUCGCUCAGAAUUGCAUCGCCGAGACUUUUGGAGUUGACCCGAGUGACAACGCAGCAGUCCAGGAUGCUCUAGGUGGCCAGUCGCUUUCCAGCAUAUACAGCGUUUACGAAAAGCUUAAGGGCAAAACCGCAGGGGCCGCUGCAGGUAGCCAAGCUGAAGAAUCCAAGCCCACUGCACCACCCAAGUCCAAUGCCACCCCUGAGUCAGAUAAAUUGAAGUCCGAGGGGAAUGCUGCUAUGGGCCGUAAGGAAUAUGAUGCAGCUAUCGACUUGUAUACUCAAGCUCUCGCGCUCGCUCCAUCGAACCCUAUCUAUCUCUCCAACCGUGCCGCUGCUUACUCAGCCUCCGGUCAACAUGCAAAGGCUGCCGCGGACGCUGAACUUGCUGUAAAUGUCGAUUCUCAGUAUGCCAGAGCUUGGAGCCGACUAGGACUUGCGCGCUAUGAACUAGGCGAUGCCAAGGGUGCCGUGGAAGCGUACGAGAAGGGAAUUGAGGCGGAAGGCAAUGGCGGAAGCGACGCCAUGAAGCGCGGCUUGGAGACGUCACGGAGGAAAGUGGAGGAAAUGAAGCGUGCAGAGUCUGCACCGCCAUCGGAAGAAAUCGAUACCGCCUCUGGAGCUUCUAGGGGAGCUCCUGGCGGAAUGCCAGAUCUAUCUUCUCUGGCAGGUAUGUUCGGAGGUGGUGCCGGAGGUGGCGGGAUGCCUGACCUAAGCUCGCUCAUGAGUAACCCCAUGUUUGCGAACGCCGCCCAGAGCCUGAUGAGUAAUCCCGACAUGCUGAACAACCUCAUGAGCAAUCCUCGUGUUCGCCAGAUGGCGGAGAAUUUCGGCAGUGGAGGCGGUAUGCCAGACAUGUCGUCGCUGAUGAGUGACCCAUCACUUGCUGAGAUGGCGAGGAAUAUGAUGGGUGGAGGAGCCGGUCGCGGGGGGAGCAACCAAUAA